AUGGCCAACAACACCACCACCACUCCCACCUGGCAGUGCCGCGAGUGCCUGGCCAAAGGCACCACCGUCAUCUUCUUCACCAAAACUCACAUGAAAUCGCACCUUGCGAUUCACGACUACGGCCCAUUCAGAUGUACCGAGUGCAACUUCAUCGGCAGACGCAAGGAGACCAUCACCGCGCACCACAGAGCCAGCAAAGAGGUCGGAGCAGGCGCUUACCGUGACCCCGACCUCGAGAACCGCAUCCAACGUGAGGUCAACCGUUGUCGCCUUCCCCAUCAAGCCCCAUGGACCGGAUCCAGUGCAAUUCCCCCUCACGAUCCCGCGGCCCUUGCUGCUGCACAAGGCACUAUCUCGCCACCAUCCCCCAAGGAGGAGCACGAGGAGGACGACAACGAUGCCGACGAAGCCCCGCCCAUGACCCUUCCCAAGAUCAUCGAAGAAGCCACCAAUGCCAUCAUGCCCAUGAUCGGUCACCUUGGCCAUAGAGAAGACUACGAGAAAACCACAGACCUAAAGUUCUGGGUUGAGGACCUGCAGGUGCGUCUUGAUCGUAUCGAGGCAGCUCAGAGCUUCCCAGAAGUCGUUCUCCGCCUCCAGCGUCUGAGAGGCACGAUGGAGCUCGAUCGCCACCUCCUGACCACCGAACGUGAUCUUCUGGCACUCGAGGCCACCAUCAAGAAGAUUGAGGACCUCGCCAGAGACGCAGAGAGAGAGCGUUGA